AUGCCUGUAAAUGCCAUUAUAAUAUACUGUAAUAUACUGAAUACUGUAGUAUAUACUUUUAGCUUUGGAUUUGUACUAUAUAGUUAUUAUUUAUUACAGAUGUCCAAUUCCAGAAAAGUGGUCAAGUUAUUCUAUGAUAUCAUCUCUCCUUAUUCCUGGCUGGCAUUUGAGGUGCUGUGUCGCUAUAGAAAUGUUUGGAACAUCGACCUCAAAUUCAAACCGGCAUUUUUGGGAGGAGUCUUUCGAGGUUCAGGUAACCAGGAACCUGGGUUGGUCCAAAAUAAGUUUUCUUACAUGGUCACCGAUUUGAAGCAGCUGUCUGAGUUAUUUGGGGUUCCUGUGAAUCCACCUUUGCCUUGUAAAAAAGGCACUUUGAAUGUGAUGCGUUUUGUGACAGCUGUAGCUGAGAAAGAAGAAGAGAGAGGCGUGCUGGUGGAAAGAGUGUCUAGAGAGCUCUGGAAAAAUAUCUGGAGCACUCAUCAGGACAUUACCCACCCUGCUUCACUCACUGAGGCUGGAUUAAAGGCCGGUCUCUCACCACAUGAGGUGGAGGAACUUCUAAUUCUUUCCAAAUCUCAGCAAAUCAAAGACAAGCUGAAAAGUGUGACACAGGAAGCACUGGACUAUCAAUCUUUUGGCCUUCCAUUCAUUGUGUGUCACGUGAACGGGAAAGCUGAGGUCUUCUUUGGUUCUGACAGAUUUGAGCUCAUGGCCCAUCGAAUCGGGGAGAAAUGGGUGGGACCUCAUCCUGUCAAAACCUUAAGCGAAAAUGUGAUCACUGCUCCACCUUAUGCGUCAGAGUAACUACUGCGCAGCCAUCUUUAGAAUUCUGGG